AAUGCUGAAAAGGAGGGAGAAGUACAGUUGGAUGAAUUUGACGUGUUGUCCCGUUUUGUCAAGUUUUAUUUUUAAAGUUAUUUUGAAAACAGACUGUGAGAGCGGUGCUCUCUCACUCUCUUUGUGCUGAAAAAUUUCAACCGCAGCUUCCCACGGUUUGUCUGUUGCUGUGUUGCCACGGUAACGGCGUACACAACCCUGUAGCCCUGUCAAAGCUGCAGUUUGUGCUUUGUUUGUAUCGAGGAGACGACGGCACAGACAUGGAUUUCACGGGGAGCAGUUACAAAGGAGCCAUACAAAAUGGCUGGAUGGAAGGACAAGCAGAAUAUACCUUUCCCACAGAGACCAAGUAUGAGGGAGAGAUGAAAGAAGGAAUGUUCCAUGGCAAAGGAGUGCUGCACUUUCCAAAUGGAAGUAAACAUGAGGCCACUUGGGAGAACGGCAAAGCUAUACAGGGAUCCUUUACCUUUGCUGAUGGUCUCCAGUACCACGAGCAGGACUGGGACUACUGCGACGGUAAUGACAGGCGCUUCUACAGUGAGCGGUGCAAUGGACUCAGACCUGCAGGAGAAUCCCAGCUAACUGAUCUGCAUCCUCCACGUGUUAUUCCGGAUUCGUGCUACGAUUGCGGCGAUGGGUUCUAUGAUCCCACCACACGAGUCAUCACUUCCUACGCAGGCCAAUUCCUCAGGAAUGCAGAUGACGAGGAGCACGAGUGGAUUGUGCGCACUUGUCGAAGAGCUUGGGAUGAGGCUGAUGUCGUUGAACCUGAGAAAUCUGCAGCAACCAGACCCGAGGAGACCAGCAUUAUGACAUGAUAAGUUUUUAAAUUAUAUUUAAAAUGAUACUGGAUACUGGAUUUUCUUUUUACUGAUAUUAAAACUACUGUCUUGAU